GUCCAUAGUUUAGACAGAAUUGUUCAUGAGCUUGUACGUUACACUCUAUUCCGUUAAGAGACGCGCAGUUAUAAAUAACCAAAACACUAUUGCCGUUUAUUGUCGGCUCUAAAAAUGAUUGUUACUGUACUUUUAUUGUUUAUUAUUACAGUAAUUAUUGCGUUUGGUUAUGACUAUUACGUGCAUCGUUCAAGAGUCGGACGACUGAUCGAUAAAUUACCCGGACCGAAGACAAUUCCGAUUGGUGGUAAUGUAUUGCAAAUGCAAAGUUCACCAGAAAAUCUAUGGUUGCUUUUGCGUGACAUCGCGGACAGAUAUUAUCCCAUUGCUAAAAUAUGGAGUUUCUUUACGCCUGCCAUAACUAUUCGUCAUCCAGAUGAUCUCGAGGCAAUAUUAAACAAUACGAAGCAUAUCGAGAAAAGCAUGAUAUAUCAAGUUUUGCAUCCUUGGUUAAACACCGGGCUUCUUACUAGCGCGGGUCCCAAAUGGCAUUUACGACGGAAGAUACUAACACCUACAUUCCAUUUCAAUAUACUGCAACAGUUCAUUGAUAUUAUGUUGGAGGAGAGUGAACGUAUGACGCACAAAUUAAAGAACAUUGGCGGCAUGGUUGAAAUAGAUAUAAUACCGUUUGUUUGUGAACACACACUAAACGCAAUAUGCGAAACUGCCAUGGGCACUUCUCUGCACAGUCUCGGUGCGGCCCAAGAAAAAUAUCGACACGACGUUCGUCAAAUGAGUCAACUUUCUAUUUAUAGAUUAUUUAGGCCCUGGUUACAUUACGACCUGAUAUACGCGUUAACGUCCGCGGGCAGACUGCAAAAGAAGACACUAAAAAACUUGCACGAAUUCACUGAAAAAAUCAUUACCGAAAGAAAACUUUAUCACGAACGCACAAACAAUAAAUAUUUGCAUGAUUUAGCAAAUGACGAUGCGAUGGAAACAGAUGACGUAAAAAUACAUGGAUCUCGAAAAAAGCGACUUGCCAUGUUGGAUCUUUUAAUAGCAGCCUCGCAAGAAAAUCAUUUGAGUGAUUUAGAUAUCAGAGAGGAAGUGGAUACCUUCAUGUUCGAAGGUCAUGACACAACAGCAAUGGCUAUAUGCUUCACUUUGUUAUUGUUAGCUGAGCACCAGGAUAUUCAGGAUCGCAUCAGGGAUGAGGUCAAUAUAGUGAUGGAACAGUUUGAGGAGAAAUUGACUAUGACGGCCCUGCACAAUCUAUCGUACUUAGAAAGAUGUUUGAAGGAAUCGUUGCGGCUAUAUCCCAGCGUGCAUUUCAUAUCACGAGACGCAGCGGAGGAUGUGAAAUUAUAUUCGUAUGUAAUACCCGCUGGAACAAUUGUACAUCUCAAUAUCUAUGAUGUUCAUAGAGAUCCCAAUUUCUGGCCGAAUCCCAAUGUAUUUGAUCCAGACAGAUUUUUGCCUGAAAAAAUACAAAGGCGUCAUCCUUAUUCGUACCUACCAUUCAGCGCGGGACCACGGAAUUGUAUUGGUCAACGAUUCGCUAUGUUGGAAAUGAAGGCCAUGAUAUCUACUCUCGUGCGCAACUUUUACUUGGAACCAAUUAAUUAUCUAAAAGACGUGCAGAUAACUGCUGAUCUAAUACUUCGACCUAAUCACCCGCUGAAUGUAAGAUUUGUCCCAAUGAAGACAUUUGAAGUAAACGCGGAUUCUUUGAGUGUUAUUGUUUACUAUCCUCUUUUAUUGCGUUUAUUGUCGCGUCCAAAAAUGAUUGUUACAGUACUUUUAAUGUUUAUUAUUAUAGUAAUUAUUGCGUUCGCUCAUGAUUAUUAUGUGCAUCACACAAGAGCCGGACGACUGAUCGAUAAAAUACCGGGACCGAAGGGCAUUCCGAUUGCUGGCACUGCACUUGAACUGCAAAUUUCACCAGAAAAACUAUGGUUACGUCUGCAUUUCGAAGCGGAGAAACAUUAUCCCAUUCUUAAAUUAUGGCUUUUCUCUAUACCCGUAAUAUCUAUCCGUCAUCCGGAUGAUCUCGAGGCAAUAUUAAACAAUACAAAGCAUAUCGAGAAAGGCCAAUUCUAUGAACUUCUACAUGCUUGGUUAAACACUGGACUUCUUACCAGCAAAGGGGCCAAGUGGCAUUCACGACGGAAGAUAUUAACGCCUACAUUCCAUUUCAAUAUAUUGCAACAGUUUAUUCAUAUUUUAUUGGAGGAGAGUGAACGGAUGACACAUAAAUUAAAGAAUAUUGGUGGAACGGUUGAAAUAGAUGUAAUACCGUUCGUUUCAGAACACACACUAAACGCAAUAUGCGAAACUGCCAUGGGUACUUCUCUGCAUAGUCUCGGUGCGGCCCAAAAAAAAUAUCGACAAGACGUACGUCAAAUGAGUCAACUUUUUAUUUAUAGAUUAUUUAGGCCCUGGUUAUAUCCCAACCUGACAUUCGCGUUGACGUCCGCGGGCAGAUUGCAAAAGAAGACAUUAAAAAGCUUGCAUGGAUUCACUGAAAAAAUCAUUGCGGAAAGAAAACUUUAUCAUGAAUACACGAACAAUAAAUAUUUACAUAAUUUAGUAAAUGACGAUGCGAUGGAAACGGAUGAUGUAAAAAUACACGGAUCUCGAAGAAAGCGGCUUGCCAUGCUGGAUCUUUUAAUAGCAGCCUCGCAGGAAAAUCAUUUGAGUGAUUUGGAUAUCAGAGAGGAAGUGGAUACUUUCAUGUUCGAAGGUCAUGACACAACAGCAAUGGCUAUAUGCUUUACUUUGUUACUGUUAGCUGAGCACAAGGAUAUUCAGGACCGCGUUAGGGAGGAGAUCAAUACAGUGAUGGAACAGUUUGAAAAAAAGUUGACUAUGACAGUCAUGCAGAAUCUAUCGUACUUAGAAAGAUGUUUGAAGGAAUCGUUGCGGCUGUAUCCCAGCGUACAUUUUAUAUUGCGACGUGCUGACGAGGAUGUAAAAUUAUGUGAUUCAAAUGUAAUACCCGGUGGAACAGUUGUACAACUCAAUAUCUACGAUGUUCAUAGAGAUCCCAAUUUCUGGUCAAGUCCCAAUGUAUUUGAUCCAGACAGAUUUUUGCCUGAAAAAAUACAAAAGCGUCAUCCUUAUUCGUACCUGCCGUUCAGCGCGGGACCACGGAAUUGUAUUGGCCAGCGAUUCGCUAUGUUGGAAAUGAAGAUCAUGAUAGCUACUCUCGUACGCAACUUCUAUUUGGAACCUAUUGAUUAUCUAAAAGAUAUGAAGAUAAUUGCUGAUAUAAUACUUCGGCCUAACCAUCCGCUGCGUGUAAGAUUUGUCCCAAUAGAAGACGUUUGAAGCAAGAAUGGAUUCUAUGAAUAAUAGAAGCGAAUGCAAAUACGUAGUUAAAAUCUAACAAUUGUCGAUUUAACAAUUAC